GUGUAGGUGGUGUCAUUGCAUACAUCAGCUCCUCCAGCUCAGCCUCUAGCCCUUCCUCCUGCCACAGCGAGAGCUCCAAUAGCAGUUUCCAGUCUUCGUCCUCUCUGCCAUCUUCCCCCAGCAGCUCUGCCUCUGAGGGGAGUAGCAGUGGCAGCAGUGGCAAUGGGAACACCAAAAGAAGUGACCUUUCCAGUGGAAACCUCCUCUCCAACCUGGAGGAAUCUCAGAGGAACCAACAGGUGGACACACUGUGCAUAAAGACCACCUACACAAGUGCAGCAAUCCUGACCAAAGGCCAUGGAGGCCUCACCUCAAAAUUCAAUGGGAUGAUACUUCUGUGUAAGGUGUGUGGAGAUGUAGCCUCCGGAUUUCACUAUGGAGUCCACGCCUGUGAGGGAUGUAAGGGUUUUUUCAGAAGAAGCAUACAACAAAACAUCCAGUACAAAAAGUGCCUCAAGAAUCAGAGCUGUUCUAUCAUGAGGAUGAACCGAAAUCGCUGCCAGCAAUGCCGCUUCAAGAAAUGUUUGUCUGUCGGCAUGUCCAGGGAUGCUGUUCGUUUUGGUCGCAUUCCAAAGCGUGAAAAAACAAAGAAUGCUGAUGGAAAUGCAGUCUGCCAUGAAGACUAUGAUGAACAGUCAGUUUGGUAGCUCAGGACCUCAAGAAGCACUGCCAGAUUACCAAGCUUCACCAUCGGUUUUGCCACCUGUGCCCCAUCCUGUUCAAGAAAACAUAGAGAGCAAGGCUCAGCAAUAUACAGAAAAAAGCCUCAUGCCACCUUCAUCUUCACUUCAUUUAGCUCCUCCAUCUUCAGACAUUAGUAAAGAGGACGUCAUUGGUACAGUAACUAGAGCUCACAGAGAGACCUUCAUGUACAAUCAGGAGACGUCUGAAUUUAAAGGGAACACCAGCCAACAGAGGCAGGAAAGGAUGAAUAAAGUGAAAUACAGAAUCAGUAACAAUAUUCACUUCAAUAAUGUUGUCAACGUUGCUCGCUGUCCUGUUGGUGAAAGUCAGAACUACAUGAAUGGACAACAUAGGGGCAAAAACAACAUGGGUUGUCCCUAUGCCCAUGCUGUUUUCUACCCCAAUGAACAGAACAUAAACAUUUCCAAUGGCUAUUCCCACAAGGAGUUCAGUAAAACACCUACAAUUGAUGUAUCUCAGGCAGAGCACAUGAAUGGCUAUCCCUGCAAUAGAGGAAGGAGAAUAUAUUUGGUUUGUCCAAUGAGCAUGUCUCCCUUUAUGGACCCAAAUAAAUCUGGACCUCAAAUCUGGGAAGAAUUCUCCAUGAGUUUUACCCCGGCUGUGAAAGAAGUGGUGGAAUUUGCCAAGCGCAUUCCCGGAUUUAAGGACCUUUCACAGUAUGAUCAGGUCAACUUGCUGAAAGCUGGAACGUUUGAGGUUUUAAUGGUUCGGUUUGCAUCACUGUUUGAUGCGAAGGAGCGUACUGUCACCUUUCUAAGUGGGAAGAAGUACAGUGUGGAUGAGCUGCGCUCUAUGGGAGCUGGCGAGCUGCUGAACUCUGUGUUUGAAUUCAGCGAGAAGCUUAAAGCACUGCAUCUUAGUGAGGAGGAGAUGAGUUUGUUUACUGCAGUUGUUCUCGUCUCUGCAGAUCGCUCUGGUAUUGAAAAUGUAAACUCUGUUGAAGCUUUGCAAGAGACUCUGAUCCGAGCCCUGAGGACUUUAAUCAUGAAAAACCAUCCUAAUGAGGCCUCCACCUUUACCAGACUCCUCCUGAAGUUAGCGGACCUCCGUUCUCUAAAUAACAUGCACUCAGAGGAGCUUCUGGCUUUCAAGAUUCACCCAUAG